GCUAGUUUCAACCAGUUCAGUUCGCGUGGAACUAGUUGUAAGCGCGGUGAUUUUCUUAAUUUUAGAAGUGUUUAGUUAUUUUUUUUUAUUGUGUGCGUUUCAAACAUGUGUUUAUAGUGUAUAAAAGUGUUUAUAGUGCAUACAAGUGUUUAUAGUGUAUUAUGAUUACCAGUUCGCUAGAAAUAAAUGUAAUAAGCGUGAUUCAAGCUGUUCAAUACCAGUCGCAGAGCCCAUUGUUGAACUGUCAUUUUUGCCAUCAACAUGCGACCCAAGGAUCACCCAGAUCUGCACUUCGACGUGAUUCCCAAGCUGUUUGAUGCCCAUUCCAAGGUGUUUCUCACGACCUUGUGCGACGUGGAUAAGCAGCUCAUACAUUUGCCCCGCCGGUUCUGUCCGAUGUACACUACUCGGCCACUGGCCACUCAGCUGUUUCAAUAUCUGCAAUCCCGUAAUGCGAACGUUGUGGGACAGGACUUCCAUGUGGUGGAGGAGGGCCAGCCCUUUGCACUGCAGCUAAAAGACGGAAAACGCCUGGAGGGGAUGCUGUGCUCUGGAAGUCAUCUGGGGCACAGCCUCAUUGUGCUUAUCCGGCGGAUGCAGGAUAACCGACUGCUGUACUGCUACUCGGCUAUGAGGCUGGAUAAUCUUGGUCGUCUACUGGGCAACUCGGUCUUCAACUCUUGGAUCGCCCAGGGAACCGAGCAGCUGUAUCUGAAUCUCUCGUCCGUAAAUUUGCCGUUUGAUCAUGUAGAUUUUGAUGAGAUGGCACAUGCCAUCGAGGCUCACGGAGCACAGAAUGACCAGAGCGUGGUGCAUCUGAAAGUGCCAAAAUUUGGCUACGAGGAAAUGGUCUGGAGAUUGGCACACACGAAUCUCCGCGGACAUAUUCAUCUGGGCGAACACAUGACAAAAUGCUAUGAGUGCCUUAGUACCGAUCUGGAGCGAUUUCGGGAUGAAAAUUAUGUACCAAAGAUUUUCGUCAGCGGUUACCCGACGGACUUUAAUCCCCAUCAAAAGACGGUUUCCUUAGAUAUCACAGAACUUAAGUGGACGCCUAAUCCGACCAGGAUGCAUCUUCGUCAGCUAUGCAGCCUCUUGCGACCUCAACACAUCCAGGGAAUUGUCCAGUUUCAUACGGAUGGCAUUGUGUCGCCCGUUCCGUCAUUCCUAAAGGUCUUCAAGGCAAACUAUUCGCCGAAGAGCGAUGCAGUGGUAUCAACGAUCAGAAGUGAAUCUCAAGCAGGACAGGCGAAGCAAGGACUCUAUCGCGCUUUUCGGGCAAGAAGGGCCUUUGAAUUUGUGAACGAUGGCGACGAAAGCAGUAGUUCGGGAUAGUUUGAAGUAUCAUCUACUUUCAUCGUUUGUUACAAGGAAAUGUGAAAGCUAGCACGAAUUCAAUGAGAUCUCAGCAGCGGCU